GCAAGGACUUGUCCAAGGACAUGAUGGCCCACCAGGUGGUGAUGGACUUGGAGGAUGGCUUCAAGAUGAAGAUGGACAUGGACAUGUACAACAUGACCAACAUGACCAAUGGUACCAUGUACGACUGGAUGAAGUGCUUCUCGAAGAUCACCAGCAUGUCGGCCAUGCUCAACCCGGAGCAGGACGUGUAUGACAGCAACGGCUACACCACGAACAAGCACUGGGUCUCCGGUCCCAAUACCGUCUUCAAGAGUAUUAUGGAUGCUAUGUACAUGGGUCCCUACAAGGGCAUGUACGACUCGUUCUUCCUCAUGGAGAUGGAUGCUGUCCCCAUCAAGCAGUACUGGCUCGACCAGUUUGAGAUGGAGGCCCAUGAGAUGCCCGCCCAAAACAUGGCUGUGCGCGGCAGCCAGUACCUGGGCGACAAGUGGGACCUCUUCAAGCACAUGAUGCCGGAUUACCUGGUGGAGCACAUCAAUGGCAAUGCCAUCUACAAUCUGAAGAACAACUGGACGGAGUACCUGUACACCGCCUUUACAUCGCAGGGCACGACCAACAUGAUGGAAGAAAUGGCAUUUGACGUGGCAUUCGCCAUGAUUACCAUGGCGGCACAGGCUGGAGAUCCUACGUUUGCCCCUGGUUGGACGGCGGCCAUGGGCAACAACAUGACCUACAACUCGAUGUCCAUGCUGGUGGGCAACUACGCCAACACCCUCCUGAACACGAGCUUCGAGUUCCCUACGUACAUCCGCCAUGGCUCCAGCAAGAACCUGUUCAUGAACCUGCCGGACGACAACGUCACUUUGGGCGUGGCAUACUUCGACAUGCAGGGCCACAUGAAAGAGACAAUUCCGACCAACCACCCCUUCAAGAAGAUCCUGGGCCUGGCUUACUUCGACACGCCCAUGACAGAGGAGAUGAUCCCUGCACCCAUGGGUAACGUCACCCUGAAGAUGCAGAAGGCUAUGUACGAGCCCAUGUACCACCUGUGUGAAGUUGCCAAGACGGUCGACACCAUGUGGUUUGCUUUGUCGGACAACUACCACAUCGUCAAGGCCCCUGUGAGCGUCCUGAUGGAGACGAUGGACAAGCCUGUGCUGCCCUACGUCUUGAAGGGCUCCAAGUACUGCGGCGAGCGCCCCAAUUGCAAGGCGUCCAUGGAGCAGGCAGAGGAUCUCUUCAGCAUUAGCUUGAACUAUCACCAUGACAAGUAUGAGGUGCUGUACAAGACCGCAGAUGCGCUGGAAUUCUGCAAGGCCUGGGACACUGCCACCCAGGGCAAGGGCUACAGCAACUGCACGCUCUCCUUUGGCCCUACCGCUGAUGACUACAUUGCAUGGAAGAUCAGCUCACCCAUGUUCAACGUCAGCGAUGAGUUCAUCCCAAAGGACAAGACUCGCUACGGUUGGAGAGCCUGGACCAGCCUUUGGAACCCGGCUCCGGUGGAUGACCGCCAGUGCAGCACCACCCUCUACGGUGUUAAGGAGUACCUGGAGACCCUUGGCAACAUCUCCAAGUGUGCUGUUGACUAUGUCGAGAACGCAUCCGGCUGCAUUGGGGACACCUCGUGCAUGUGGAGGCCCAUGUUCGAGUCCGGAGUUUGCAUGCUGGAUCCCAAGAGUGUGACAACGACCACCACGGUAGCUGGAGCAGUCUUCAACAACGUGGAAGUCACAAUGCCCAUCGUUGUUGACGACCCGACCACCAUCACUGGCAACGUCCACGCCUCAGUGGAUAGGGGCUUUUGGUUGAGAUAG